CUGUUACUCAGAUUUUGAAUCUUCCUGCCUUCAAAUUCUUUUUUUUUCUUCUUGGUCAUUCUCUAUUUUUGAAUCUUUAUUGAAUCCAUUAGGACUCUUUGUUUUGGGUUAUUUGCCUAUAUAAUCUCUUGUUUUUCUUCUCUAUAAUCUAAUCCUCCCUUAGGUUGGAAGUUAUAUAAAACUUGCAUUCCAAGCGUGUUCUUUUUCUACUUCUGUGUCUAGUUUUGGAGGGGUAUAGAUCUCGGGCCGUUUCCCGAGGGAAGGAGAAACAGCAGAUAAACACACUAAAGAACAAGCUGCAUCUAAGUAAUUGCUGGCGAGAUCUCAAGGGGAAAAAAAACGAAGAUUUUCAAGUUCCUCAUUUGACGUUACUUGUAAAGAGACUGGAGGGUGACUUGUCGCAAAUUUGCUUCCAUCUUUUCCUUCCUCCAACUUUGUCCCUUUCUAGUGAGGUAACAGGUUUAGAGCCUCUUCUCCAUAGCUGGGCCUCGAAACCAAACAUUUCUCAUGUAUCCCGUUAAUUUCUGGUCCCAUAUCACAAUCUUAGCAUUUUUAUCGAUUUAACCGAAGUUAAAUCAUGCAUCUCUGCGUGAAAACCAGAUUUUAUCGAUUCCCAAGCUAAUUCUUCUUCAUAAAAGGUAACUUUGUUCUGUCUCUGAACCUCAAAUACUUCUCAUUGGUCUCUCCUCUUCUGAAGAUUUGUGGUUGUUGCUUCGAAUUCCAAUGAGUAUGAGGAAAAAUGGUAAUUCUCAUUCAGGAAGGAUAUUUAGUGAUAGGAAAUGGAUUAUACCAUUUUUUGCCAGCUUGCUUGUGUCUGUUAGCCUGGUUCUCACAGCUAUUCUUGGGGCGCUUAGUUCUUCUAACGUGGGAGAACAGUCAACGUUUGACAUUAUUUCAUUUGCAAGAUCAGAGGAUUCAAGUGGGUAUUUUGUGGAAUCGGAUUUGGAAAGAUCGUGGAGUGCUAAUAAGGUUCCAAAAAUAGAGGAGGCACCUAGGUUUGCUUAUCUUAUUUCAGGCACGAAAGGUGAUAGUCAUAGGAUGAUGAGGACUUUAGAAGCAGUAUACCACCCAAGAAAUCAAUAUGUUUUGCAUUUGGAUCUUGAGGCUCCGCCCCGUGAGAGGUUGGAAUUGGCAACUGCAGUGAAAGCUGACCCUACAUUUCGUGAAGUGGAGAAUGUUCGUGUCAUGUCUCAAUCCAAUCUGGUGACUUAUAAAGGUCCAACUAUGAUUGCUUGCACCCUUCAAGCUAUUGCAAUACUAUUGAAAGAGAGCUCAGAGUGGGACUGGUUCAUAAACCUCAGUGCUUCAGAUUAUCCUCUUGUGACACAGGAUGAUUUGCUUCAUAUCUUUUCUAAUCUGUCUAGAGAGCUCAAUUUCAUUGAACAUACCCACAUUGCUGGUUGGAAACUCAACCAUAGAGCAAGACCAAUCAUCAUCGAUCCGGCCCUUUACUUAUCAAAGAAAUCUGCUAUUGCAUGGACGACUCAACGAAGAACACUUCCCACCUCUUUUAAAUUAUUUACAGGUUCAGCUUGGGUUGUGCUGACACGAUCUUUUGUGGAAUACUGCAUAUGGGGCUGGGAUAACCUUCCAAGAACAAUUCUGAUGUAUUAUACAAAUUUUAUCUCCUCUCCAGAGGGUUAUUUUCACACAGUCAUUUGUAACACUGAGGAAUUUCAACAUACAGCUAUAAGCCAUGAUCUUCACUACAUAGCGUGGGACACACCACCAAAGCAGCACCCCAUGUCUUUAACGAUGAAGCACUUCAACAAAAUGGUUCAAAGCAAGGCUCCCUUUGCACGGAAGUUUGCUAAGGACGAUCCGGUCCUAGACAAGAUUGACAAAGAACUUUUGGGACGCACACAUAGAUUUUCUCCUGGAGCAUGGUGCGUUGGCAACUCAACAGGAGGCGCUGACGCUUGUUCCUUUCGGGGCAAUGAUACUGUGUUCAGGCCAGGCCCUGGUGCUGAGAGGCUGCGUGAAUUAUUUCAAACUCUAUUGUCUGAAGAUUUCAAAAGCAAGCAGUGUUCUUGAAUAUUUAACAAUCCAAUUAGGAUAAUCUCAAGUGUAAAUAUGCGGUUAUAGGUUACAUUGAUUCCAAAGGUCGGUAUUUUUGUGCCCAAUGUAUCAAACAUUCAAAGCUCAAAGUUAAGAAAGCAAAAGGCACCAUGAGCAGCA